GCCACACCCCUGUUUCUUCCUCUCAGGGUUUUUGGUGUGAACUUUCACAGUGCUCAGUAAUGUGUUGCAGCCAGAGUGGCUGAUUUGGCUCAGAUCACCUGGAUUCGGGCAUCAUGACUCAGCAGGCAGUGCUGGCUUUGCUGCUUACACUGUCCGGAAUCCUGCCUGGGCCCCUGGAUACCCAAGAGGUACACCAGUCCCCUGGAGUCGUGUUCGCCUUUGAGGGGGAUUCCAUCAACAUCACCUGCUCUACAAGAGGGCCCCUGGAAGGGAUCUUAAUGAAGAAGAUCUGGCCUCAGGCUUACGAUGUGAUUUACUUUGAAGACGGGCAGGAGCCCACAGUAGACAAGACCUUCUCAGGCCGAAUUAAUUUCUCUGGUCCCCAGAAGAACCUGACCAUCACCAUAAGCUCUCUCCAGCUUGCAGACACUGGAACCUACACCUGCGAGGCUGUCAGGAAAGUCAGUGUCCGUGGCUUGUUCACCAAAAUUGUGGUGAAAGAAAAACCAUCCCAAGAAGCAUACAGAUCCCAGGAACCUCUGCAGACAUCAUUUUCCUUCCUAGCUGCCAUUGCUGUAGGCUUCUUCUUCAUCGGGCUGCUCCUUGGGGUGGUGUGCAGCAUGCUGAGGAAGAUACAGAUCAAGAAACUGUGUGCCUCAGGGAUUAAGGACUCUCCGUGCGUAGUGUAUGAAGACAUGUCCUACAGCAACCGCAAGCCUCCAUGCAUCUCCAACCAGUACCAGUGAACCCCUCUGCCCGCAGUCCCCUGUGCCUUGUUUCAGCAGAGCUUACAGCAGUCCUGCUGGCCCCCACACCCCGCCCAACUCCCCAGCAUCCUUCCUGUGGUACUCAAAUUCCCCCUUGGUGCUUCUGGGUCGGUGGGAUUCCUCCUCUGUAAACUUCCCCGCAGGGCUCUGCAAUCUGUCACCAACCCUAGCCAGGUACCCCUGACAUCAGGAACAAAGCUUGGGGGUGGGGAGGUACCUGCCUUGGAGCCGCCUGGCCAGGAAAAAAUAAAUAAACAAACAAAUACAUAAAC